AUGGUGGACUCUCCCAGCGCGAUGAAAAAGACCUUCUCGGUGCCGGAGAUUAAACCCCUGGACCAGUACGACUUCAACCGGGCGAAGAUCUGCGCCAGCGUCCGGUGGCUGCUAUCUAAAUCCUACGGCUCAGCAGAGAACGUUCCUGUGGAGUUGCGGGAGCCGCUUUACAAAGACCAGUAUGAACAAGAGCACCUCAAGCCGGCCGUCUCCAAGCUGCUUCUCUCCCCGGAGAUCUACUGCAGAGCUCAGGCCCUGCUGGCCCAGGCACACGGGGUCUCUGUGCCAGCGUCGCAGGGGUCUCCGGCCGACAACUCCGCCCUAUUACAGUUCCUCAUUAAGAAAGGUUUCGCUCCAAAGAUCCAGGAUGUGGACGUCACAGAGGAGGACCUCAGCUUUGUUCCCAUUAAGACGAAUACCCACCUCGCCCUGAUCGACGCGCUGAUGUCACUGGCUGCUAAAGAGACCGUGGGCAGGGUGAAGAUGGCGGCGGAGGCGGAGCAGAUGGGUGUCGGGGCUCCGUGGGAGAACGCUCUGCUCUUCUGGGUCAACAGGCUGAAUCAGACGUUGAGAGAAAGCACAGAAGAAGAAGAACCUCCCAAACCGCAGACGUGUACAGAUAUGCAGACUGCUCAGGACUCGUGUCAAUCCACCCGUUGGUACUGGAAACUAGUCCCCCAUGCUAUCGCUUUUUGUUUGAAGGAGUCGGGGAAUAAGCCACCAGUGAUCCGCUAUAGGAAGGACAAAGUGCAGUCUAAGCUGACUCCUACUUUCCCUCUGGUUUCUGCGGUCAAAGAUCUGUCUAAUGGCUGCGCUAUAGCGGCUGUGUUGCACUACUACUGCCCCAGCUUGCUGCCUCUAGAGGAUGUGUGUCUGAAGGACACCAUGUCAGUGGCUGACAGUCUCUACAACCUACAGCUGAUCAAAGAGUUUUGUGAGAGCAGUUUACAGAGCUGCUGCCCCCUCCCUUUGGAGGACCUCCUCUAUGCUCCACCGGUUCUACAUCUGAACAUCAUGAGCUUCAUAGCCGAGCUGAUGGAAUGGUUUGAAGUAAAGAAGCCUGAUUUUGUCCAGCCAAUUCAACCCAUCGACCUCACAGAUAUCUCAGGAUUACUGUUCUGUACGAGUCCUGUCAGUGGGAACAGCAACAGUGGUUCUCCUUCUUUCAUCUUCAAACAACCUUUUGUGCCCAUCUCCUCCCCAGUGUCACCAGAAAACAAAAGUUGGACAAAGAAACAGAUCAGUCGUCCUCUGUCAGCAGUGACUUUCAGCAUCCCAUUUGGGCUGGACAGUGAUGUUGAUAUUGUCAUGGGCAACCCAAUAGAUUCUGUCUUUCGCUCUGUCAGCACUGACAGCCUCGCCACCGGCAUCCCUGCAAUGAGUUCACCAGUGAAACCAGCAGGGAUUACUCGUGUCCCAUACAGCCCCCCAGAGGACCUCAGCCACCUGGUCAGUGCUUCUGCACCAUCGCAGCGGUCUUCCUGGGGCCCUUACGCACACACAACACCAAUGGGCGAGCUGCCGACCAUUGAGGAGGCGCUACAAGUGGUUCACACUCCUGGCAGCAAAGAUCAAAAGAAGGGAAGGACACAAGAGAAAAGUGGAAGAGGGGUGUUGGGAGGAAGGCCGGAGCCCAGGUUGCGUCCUGAAGGAGCACCUGCUGGUUUCUUCCUGCACUCCCCAGAGGAGAGUAAUCCUCAGCUCAGUAGCUCUGCUCCCUGCCGCUCUGGAGUCCUUUAUCGACCCAUCGGUGGAGAAGUGGGUGAUAAUGAAAGGCAAGGAAGAGGAGAGAGGAGGGAAAGAUCAGGACAUACCUCUGAUAUGUCCCGUGAUGACGACUCUGUACUACGAGAUGGCAGCGUUGACUCCUCCGAAGCAUCUGAUGAUACCCCUAGAAACGCCCCUGGUAAUAUGCGACCAAGCAAUGGUCGCCAGGGUAACCACAGCACCAGCAACAGUCCACGCAUGACAAGCUUUGCUGAACGACGAGACAACAGAAGAAGACACCCUGCUGCUCCUGGGGAAGACUCAGCCUCUGCUCUGACCCCAACAACCCCAGGAACUCCACAUACACCCUCCACCCCAGCAGGGGCACCAGGUCAGCAGGACAGCCCUGGUCCCAGAGGCCCUGAACCAGGUUCCGAGGCUUGGGAGUUGGGGGCUCGUCUGGAGGAAAAACGCAAAAGCAUUGAAGCCCAAAAAAGACGUAUUGAAGCCAUCUUUGCUAAGCAUAGACAGAGGCUUGGAAAAAAUGCUUUCCUUCAACUAAAAAGAGAGCAAGGAGAGGGAGGAGCGGAGGCAGCAGCUGAGGAUAAUCUCACUCUGGAAGAGCGCCUCACUCGCAUGGAGGAGCAACUGAAACAGGAGGAGGAAAAAGAAAAGGAGAAAGACAAAGAUGGAGAUAAGGAGAAAGAGAAGCCAUCUGUUUCCAGUACUCCUCGGUUAGAGAAGCAGGUCACGUUCUCUAUUGACAGUAAGAAAGGAGCAGAAAAAGAAGCAGAAAAAGGAGCAGAAAAAGAAAAGGGAGGUGAGACUGUUAUAGUGGAGUACAACGAAGUGGUGCAGAAACUGAGUGAAGCUCUGUCGUCACUACAGAAAGACAUGCAGAAACUUACAGAACAGCAACAGCAGCUCAUGAGCAACCAAAGACCCAGAAAUACACCCAAAAUUACUCAAAAAGCAACGGCCAGAAGUAACACAAAAACACCACCCAAAACCCCUCCUCACACCCCAACAAAGACGCCACCUAGAACCCCGACCAAGAAUCCUGCCAGGAGCACCACUAAAGCUUGGAUGAUUUCUGCUGUUCCCAAAUCUCCAUCUGCCUCCUCUCCGUCCCGUCGUUCCCACCUUCUUUCUGCAUCCACCCCCCCAAAAAAUAUCAUCUCUUCCUCCUGCCCAGCUCCUCGUACAAAGAUCCACUCCUCCUCCACUCCCCGCAGCCCCAAACAUCACCCACGCGCCCAACCUCAUCCGCGGCCUUCUGAACUCAAGUUCCCCCCUCUCAAUCGGGUCUUGACACCAACCCACAAUGUGGACACCCUCCCCCACCUGCGGCGUGUGUCCCCCAGCAAGUGUCAAGUUCAGACUUCAUCGACCUUCCGAAUUGGUGGGCCUCGGACUCCUCAGGAGUCUCCUCAGCCUACACAGCAGCCACAGCCUGAUGAGAACAUCUCGGACACAGGUUCUAGCGAGACCCCAACCCAGUUCAGUUUGGAGCUUGAGCAGGAGGAUGUAGACAUAGUAGGAGGACUAGCCGUCCUGGCGCAGCCCAGACAUCAUCCUAUGGCCACUGGUGGCAGCAGCUCUGGCGCUCCCUCCGAGUGUUCAUUUGAGAGCGAGACUAUGUCCAUUUCUGCUGCAUACAGCUUAGGAGGUGAAGAAGGGAGAGGUGGAGUUGCAGGGAAGCGUUGCAGCCUGAUUGAGGUGUCACUGUCAUCUCUCGGAGGGCAAGAGGGGGGCAGUGAUGAACCAACAGAUGAGGGGCAGGAGUUUUCCUCUGAUUCUAUGAGUGACCAUACAGAAUCUGCUGCGGAACCGACUAAAGGACUCGCAGCAGAACCCCUAGAUCCCAUGGAGCAGCUGGAUCUGGCCUUACAAACUGUAAAUUUGUCUGAACAAAAAGCUGAAUCCAAAGAAGAAGAAGUAGAAGAGCCAAAACAGACUGAAACUUUGGAACCGAGUGAACAGCAGACUGAGCUGGAGAACAGAGGAGGAAUUGGAUUCUUCUUUCAGGAUGAGGGACGUAGUGAGGGGGAGAUGGCCCAGCGAAAAGCAUUGCUUUUAGAAAGACAGCAGAAGAGAACGGAGGAGCUGAAGAAGAGGAGACAGUGGCAUGAGCAAGAAAGAGAAAACAGACUAGCAUCCUCAGACAAGAGAGUAGCAUCUCCCUCCCAUACCCCUCCUGCUGGAACCACCUCUCCUUCCCCAACACCUCCCGCUACUCCAGUUCGUCGUGGAGAUUUCACGCGAGGGGAGUACGCACGGCGGCAUCAGCUCAAGAUCAUGGAGGACUUGGACAAAGUGUUGCGACAGAAAUCAACAAAUCAUGGACGAUCUUCCGUUAAGAAAGCUCACGCCCGGCCUCGCAGCAUGACCAGGGAGGAAUCACAGCUGUCUCGGAGCCCAGCCAAGCAAACCGCAGCUUCUAAGCUGACCAAAGUCUACUCUCAAUCCUCCCUCAACCUGGCAGCUACAAAUGAGCCAGGAAACAGUGGCGUCCCCACUAAGAAAACCCACAGCCGUCCUGGUUCACCCGCUGGAUGUGUGACACCGAGCCGACUGAUUAACCAGAAUGGAGACAAGGACUGGGAGACUGGAUCCAAUGGAACCUCGCCUGCCCCAGAAUACACAGGUCCGAAGCUCUUCAAAGAACCAAGCUUGAAGUCCAAUAAAUUCAUCAUUCACAACGCUCUCUCUCGCUGCUGCCUGGCUGGAAAAGUCAACGAGACACAAAAGAGCAAGAUAGUUGAGGAGAUGGAGAAGAGUCCUGCCAACCACUUCCUCAUCCUCUUCCGUGAUUCCAACUGCCAGUUUCGGGGCGUUUACACCAUGAACCCAGAGUCGCAGGAGCUUGUACGCUUGGCCGGCAUGGGCCCAAGGACAAUUAGCUCAACCCAGGUGGAGACAAUCUAUAAAUACAGCUCAGACAGGAAGCAAUUUAGUGCCAUCCCCUCUAAAACCAUGGGCAUGAGCGUGGACGCCUUCACCAUCCCCAGCCACCUUUGGCACGGGGGAGGAGCAGCAGGAGGAGGAGGAAGCAGAAGGGCAAGCAUUACUAAGAAAGCUGUAAUUUCCAAGUGA